AUGUUGGCCCAAACUGGACUUGUUUUGGUUAUUGGGGGAGGAGACGGUGGUGUUCUACGUGAGGUGUCCCGCCAUUCUUCUGUUGAGCAGAUAGACAUCUGUGAGAUUGAUAACAUGGUAGUUGAUGUUUUGGUUAUUGGGGGAGGAGACGGUGGUGUUCUACGUGAGGUGUCCCGCCAUUCUUCUGUUGAGCAGAUAGACAUCUGUGAGAUUGAUAACAUGGUAGUUGAUGUGUCUAAACAAUUUUUCCCUGACGUAGCUGUUGGAUAUGAGGAUCCCCGUGUAAUGCUCCACAUUGGUGAUGGAGUUGCAUUUUUGAAGGCUGUGCCCGAAGGAACUUAUGAUGCAGUUAUAGUGGAUUCUUCUGAUCCAAUAGGUCCAGCGCAAGAGCUUUUCGAGAAGCCUUUCUUUGAGUCGGUAGCAAAGGCACUUCGCCCUGGUGGGGUUAUGUGUACCCAGGCUGAAAGCAUAUGGCUUCACAUGCACAUCAUUGAAGAUAUUGUCGCAAACUGUCGCCAGAUAUUCAAAGGCUCUGUCAACUAUGCAUGGACUACAGUCCCUACAUAUCCAAGGCAUGCACUUUGA